UUUUUAUUUACUCCGCGAAUUUAAAAUGUUUAAAGCACUCUCUUUAUUAGUGCUAUUUGUUUUAGUGCAAGGGCAUAGAGGCAAAAUACAGAAUGAAGCCGAUGCUCAAUCAGCGUUAAUGCCCCAAGAAUUGAAUCCAGCAUUCGUCCCGGAUAAGGAAGCAUGGAACACAGUGCUUGCGACACGACAACGACGCCAAGCCUACGACGACACGAUACUAAGUCGUCUCAAGACCUAUAGUCGUGUCGUAACGUGCAUAGUGCUCGCCGUGUCCGCCAUUAUUGAGAUUGUUGUCUAUUUUGUGGAGAUUUAUUCUAGUUGAAUAAAGAAUGAGAUUUUCUUA